AUGGCGUCACUUCCAGCCUUCAUCCGCGACAGCAGUGGCCUCCGGAUCGUCCACGUGGACCCACAGCAGGAGGCCCUGAGGCCUGGAGAUCUGGACCUGGAGAAGGUGAAGGUGGCCACCUGGAGCCCGGAUGGACAGCUGCUGGCCUUCGUGGACCCGGGCGAAGGGGUCGGCAGCUCCAAGGCCACGGUGGGCAUCUACUGGCCGGUGGCCAAGAGCAACUUGAGAAAGGAACGACGGAGCCUAAUCUCCAGCUCUGGAGGCUGCUUCUUGAGGGGCUGGCGACGUGAGCUUGACAGAGAUGGCCUCUUGGAGGUGAACUUCCAGCCCUUCUGCAGCUUUGCGGAGCGGCAGAACCUGAAGGUGGACGCCGCGGCGCUGUUUCGUGACUCCGACGACCGUACCAUGACCUUGGAAGAGAUAUGCCCGAAGAGUGGUGCGCUGCUGGCACGGCUGCAGGGCUUCGUCAAGAGCAAGUUUUCUCCCAAGGAGUUGCCGACGUUGGCGGCGUCUGGACGAAAGCUCUUGCAGCUCUGCAGAGACCACGGCUUCUCUGUCUCGGAGGAGGAGGUCAGCCAACUUGUGAACUUCAUAGAUGCGGACCAGACAGGCGCGCAGCUGUGCCUGGAGCCAGACCGCGCUGAGCGGCGCAGCCUCGCGCAGCGGCUGCGGCUGCGGCGCCGGGAGCAGCGGCAGCAGCUGCUGGCCGACGCCUUCUCGGAGGAGCGUCAGCAGCUGCCCCCGACACACCGCCUGGCCAUGAGACCCUGGCAGGCCCCGGUCUUCGAGAAGCUGCCGAGCGUGGUGCAGCAGCGCCGGGGCCACUGGAGCCGCGCGCUGCGGCGCAGGGCCCAGCACGCCAAGGAGAUGUUUUUGACGCACCUCAGGGACAUGAGCGGAUCCUUGGUCCGAGCCUGGCGCAACAAGCUCGACCCGGAGAACCGCUCGUCCUUGUCCCAGUCCUCCUUGCGGCGCUACUGUUCAAAGGCGGGGGUGCAGCUGGACGUGGGCUCGCUCUGGCUGGCCCUGGACGCGGACCGGGAUGGGGAGGUGGGCCUCGAGGCGAUCUGCGCGGAGGCGGCGGAGGCGCUGGCGCAUUUCAAGGAGUGGGCCUUGGGCGCCUUCGGCUCCUGCGCGCAGCUCUGGGACAGCCCGCAGCUGGCGGAGGCGCGGGAGCAGCCGCAGCGCAACGGCCGCUGGCGAUCCGAGAAGAAGAUGCUGCUGGGGCAUCUGGUGUCGGUCCUGAAGCAGUGGUCUUGCCCAGCACCCGCCUUGGUCUUCAACUCCUUGGAUCUGUACGGCUGCGGCUUUCUGGAGCGGGGCGACUUCGCCUGGCUGGACGCCUGGCAGCCCUGCGAGUGGAUCACCGCGCAGCCGGACCCCGAAGAGUGGGCCAUCAUGAAGGCGCUCCUGGUGCGGGUGGAGGGACACCCCCUGCGGGCCUGGCGCCGGCGCUUGGACCAUGAUGACUCCAACAGCGUCUCCUGGGCGGAGUUCCGGGCCUGCUUCGAGGAGCUGAGCUUCCGCGGCAACGUCGCGGGCGCCUGGAGGUGUGUGGACGCGGACAUGUCCGGCAGCAUCACCCUCAAAGAGUACGACGCCGCCUCGGCGGCGCUGCUGGGCUCCUUCAAGCGCUGGGCGGAGCAGAACUUCGGCUCCGUGCACCGCACCUUCCGGGCACUGGACGCCGAUGGCAGCGGCAGCAUCAGCUUGCAGGAGCUGCGGCGCGCUUGCCAGAGGAGAUGCUGGGACGGGGACGUGGAUAUGUUCUUCCGGUGCUUGGAUGUGGAGGAUGACGCCAAACGCCCGAGCCUCUCGAUUGCGGAGAUCGGCUUUCUGGACAACUGGGAGGCACUGGACUCCGAGGAUGAGGCCGAGCCAAGCGCCGCAAGUGCACCACGGGCGCGGGCGAAGAGACCGGCUCAGGCUCGUAGUGGCGCCCGUGCUGCCAGCCAGCGCCUGCCGUCGCUGCGCGCUGCCUCGCCCCAAAGCAGCUCCGCGCACUCGGCGGACGCGCGGGAGAGGGCCAAUGCCCGGUCCCCGCCGCGCCUGCCGCUGCGGCUUCUGGGCCCCAUCGCACCACCGCCGCCGGCUGCGUCUCCGGCGCCCGCGGUGCCGGCGCCCGCGCAGGGGGCACGGCAGAAGGAGCAAAGGGAGCGAUGGAUCCAGGAGAGGGAGCAAAAGGCGCAGAACAUUUAUCGGGUCUCCUCGGAGAGCUCGGUCAACGCGUCGGAGGUCACCAAUCGGCUCUACCAAAAGCAGGAGCGCAAGGGCGCAGGCGACCGCGGCUGGCUCCACUCCCUGCGGAAGGAAGCUCCGCCCCGCUCGCGCAGCGAGGCAGCACUGCCGCCGCGGCCAAAGCCGGCUCCGAGUGCCCAACACCGGCCGGCGCCGGCGCCGGCGCCGGAGGCGCUGGAGUUGGAUCCCGUGUACCGCUUCGGCGCCCACGGCUCCGUGGUGGGGCCCUUCAGCUUGGCGGAGCUGAAGCUGCGGCCCAUGAUGGGCGAGGACUUCUCUUACGGCGCCGGCUGUCAGCCUGACCCCAUCGAGUGGAUUCGGCCCGGCACAAAAGAGGAGGGCACCUGGAGAAGAAUUCGCUUGCGCAGCUUCCUUUGCCGCUUGGCCGGAUGCAACGUUGGGCUGGGUGGCUGUUGGGUUGAGCUGUUGGCACCCAAAACCAAAGUGCAGAGCUUCCAGAGGUUCAGCGCUCGGCUGCUACCUGAUGGCAACAUCGAGCUGCGUGACAACGCCGAGCAGUCGCUGCUUUUCAAGUUCCAACGGGCUGCCGUAGGUUUCGAGUUCGCCGGCACACGGCUGGCGAUCUUUGUGCCCGACGCGCGGGACGACCUGCAGCGCGUGGCGGCGCCAGCGGAGGUCAGCGUCUGGGAGGUCGGGUUGGAGGACUCCGGGCUCACCAAGACGCAGCUGAUGAAGGCCGAGGUGGAAUCCGGCCAGCUAGCAGAGCUGAAGUGGAAUAGCAGCGGCACUGCGCUGCUGGUGCACUGCACUACAGAGGUGGAUGACUCCGGCAAGAGCUACUACGGAGUCUCGAAGCUGCUGUUGGCCUCGGCGGACGGCGGCUUUCAGCAGGACUUGACAGAGGCAGACACGGUCUCAUCCAGCGCGAUGGGCCUUGCCGUGCAGGCUGUGGAGUGGAGCCCCACGCGGGACGAGUUCGUCCUCAUCCGCGGCUACCAGCCGGCGAAGGUGACCCUGUGGAGCUGGGACGCCAAGGAGCAGACGGUGAGCCAGGAGAAGGUCCUCACCGAGAAGGCGCACCGAAACUUCAUUCGCUUCAACCACUUCGGCUCCCUGGUCUGCAUCGCCGGCUUCGGGAACCUGAAGGGUGAGAUGGACUUCUAUGGCCGAACGGAGGAGAAGUGCGACUUCGUGCGCAUCUCCAGCUGCGAAGCCAACUGCACCGUGAGCGCGGAGUGGAGCCGAGAUGGGAGGCACUUGCUGACGGCAGUUCUCUUCCCGCGCAUGCGGGUGGACAACGGCCUCACUCUCUGGAACGCGCUCAGCGGCACAAAGGUGCUGACCUCGUCCUCUGAACAGCUCUACGAGGUGGCCUGGAGGCCCAGCCUAGACGACUUCGCAGACAUCUCUGGGGAAGAGGUGGGCCGUGCGAGCCAGCUGGCUGCGGACGCCAGCGGCUCCAAGAAGCAGGCCUACAAGCCGCCCAAGGCGCGAGGCACGGGCGACUCCACAGUGGCGGCGAUGAUGCGGGGGGAGGUGGCGGUGCCUGACGAGGACCGGCGCCGCAGGCCUUGGCAGCGGCAGAAGGAGGAGGAGUCCAGGACCUCGCCCCAGACCUCGCCCCCGCAGUCGCCAAGCCUGGCGCCCGCGGAGCAGCCCAAUGGGACCAAGGUGUCCCCGCAGACAUCUCCUUUGCGGAAGCCCAAGGAGUCCAACUCGACCUCGCCGCCUGCCUCCCGCGCUUCUCCAAAGAUGGAGGGCCGGCCGCCCCAAGAUGAAAGGCUCGCGCAGCAGCUGCUUCAACAGCAGCUGCAACAGCAGCUGCAACAGCAGCUGCGGCAGCAGCAACAAGCACAGCAGCAGCAACUGCAGCAGCAGCAGCAGCUCUUGCGGCAGCAACAGCAGCAGCAACAGCAGCGGCAGCGGGAGCAACACCAGCGGGGUGUGUCCCCACCAGGUAGUGGUAGCGUGUCUCCGCCAAUGGGACACAUCUCCCCAGAUGGUCGCGUGUCGCCGGUUGGCCACCUAUCUUCUAUGAUGGAGGCAGCUGCCAGGAUGUCGACCAUGAUGGAGGCCAACCUGCCACCAUCUAUGGAGGAGGAGUUGAGCCGGCCACGAUCACCGAACAGCUUCUCGGGGGGCUGCUUCGGGGACGCGGCCCAGGGCCUAGGUGCUUCCAACAUGGAUCUCGCGGCCUUAAUGGCGGAAACGGAGCGCAUCCAGCGGGAGCAGAAGCUGAAGCAGCAGCUGCUGGAGAAGCACUUGCUGGAGGCCCAGCAGCAGCAGCUGGCCAUGCUGAGCCAAGGUGGCUUGCAGCGGGGCCAAAUCGAGGCAGCUUUGGCAACCUUGAUGGCUCAGCAGCAACAACAACAGCAGCAGCAGCAAUCCCAGAAGCAGAGACAGCAGCAACAGCAGCAGCAGCAGCAGAAGCAGCAGCAGCAACAGCAGCAGCAGCGGCAGCAGCAGCAACAGCAGCAGCAACAAGAGCAGCAGCAGAGAUUGCUACAGCAGCUGAAUUCCGGCCAGCUGAGUCAAAGCCAGCUUGCUGCCCUUGCGAACGGAGGUUAUGGACCCUCUCAGGUGACCCGCCUGGCGGAGAGGCAGGAGCUGGCGCGCACCGAAGCAGCACGGCAGCAGCAGGAGGAGCGCUGGGAACGGGAAAGGCAACGUGCAGGUGCCGAGAAGCAGCGCCCCUGCCCGACGCACGGCUGGCAGUAUAUCGACCCCAAGAAGAACGUGCAAGGGCCCUUCUCGCUGCAGGAGAUGCAGACCUGGCACCAGAUGGGCUUCUUUCAGCCGGAGCUGCAAAUGAGGUGCGACCCCUCGGACCAGUUCGUGGCGCUGAAGGACCUCUUCCCACCUCCGCGGGUGCCUUUCGAGAGCUACCCCCAGCGAGUGCCGGGCAACGGCUUCGGACGCUGA